UGACAGUACCAUCAGAGCCAACGUGCGCAAGACAAACGAAAAUUCUGCCAUUCGACGCAGACUGUAUUAUUUCUUGUGAAAAUACAUAAAGAUAAUUUAUCUUUUAAAAAACACGAUUUGUAAUGUGCCUCAAUAGAAUUUGUGGAAACAUAAAUUAAAAGAAAUUUCAUUUCGUUUGAUGCCAAAUUUUGUAGAGUGUAUUAAUCGUUAGACCAAGUUAAUAUAUUUUUGUUCAAAAUUUUCAAUAAAAUAGACAUGAAAGAAGGACACAAUGUAUCGAACGUAACAAACGACGAUUAUAUUCAUGGAAAUGGAGAGGUUGUUAAUACAGAGGAAUCUCCUGCGAAGCAAAAAUUACGUGGAUGGCUGAAUCGAAAUUUACGAAUUAAAAUGACAGAUGGUCGAGUUUUAAUGGGCGCAUUUUUGUGUACGGAUCGUGAUGCAAAUGUGAUUUUAGGAACAUGUUCAGAAUUUUUAUCGGAAGAUCAUACAGAAGCAAGAAAUCUUGGUUUAGUGAUGAUACCUGGUAGACACAUUGUAACAAUACAUCUUGAUGCUUGAGCAACUGUGGUAUUUUAAAUUAAUUAAUAUAAAAUUUACUGCCUUUUGUUCUCUUAAAUGAUACAAUUACUUUGUCUUCCAUUUUUCUUUUAAUUCAGUCAGGAAAGAGAAAAAUAAAUAUUAUAUAUCUCAGUAUGCUAAUUCAUAGCAUAUAUCAACAUAUAAAUAUUCAUUUAAAUAAGCACAUAUUGUUAUUGUUAUUAUUAUCAUUAGAAUUACACAAGUAAUUUAUUGUUGAUUGUAACAUGCAAUAAGAAAUAAAUCGUUUAUAUUGACUUUAAUGAUAUAUUGAAAUAAAGAAAUAAUUAUAAAUUCACUUUAUUUUCCGUUAUGUUGCAUUUGGUUGCAGGAAGACUGUGUACUGAUGUCUGGGUUUUCCUUAUAAUUAUAUUUGGUUCAUAAUAUGUAAACUGAAAGUAAUAUUAAUUUUUCUCAUUUUUUACUUCGUAAGUACUUUACACACCUUUUUAUUCAUCCAACAUAAUAAAUAACAUAAUUAAAGUUUUAAAUUACAAUUAUGCUCAUUGGAAUGAUUUAAAUUAACUGUAUCAAAUUCAAUAAAAGUAAAUUAUUUGCACACCAGUUGCAACUUAAUUUAUGCAAAUGACAUUUGGAGUAAUAAAACCCCAUUUGAAAUUAACCAUAACGGAUAUUAUGCGUUUUUCGUUAUUAACUCGAUCAGAAUAAUCUGUAUUGUCAAGAUAAUGGAGCACAGACGUAAUUCUUCAAAAUUAGGCGUUUUGUAGUAAUAAUUAAUUAGGAACACAGAAAUAAAAUAUUACAUUUUCCUGAUAAAGACGGGCUUGUACGUUUGCGUGUGUAAUUAUAAUAUAUGAUGUAAAUGUAAAAAAUCAUUUUUCAGCUAUAAGAUAGAGUAUAUCUAAGAAUAUAGUAUCAAGAAAUAUCACAAUUAAAUAUUAUAUUCACAGUAGAUGAAAUCCGACCAAGUAGAACGUUACAUCGCUUGUAAACAACAAUAUUAUGCAAUUAAUUUAUUCGGCUAUUAAACACACUGUUGCUUGAUCGUAUUACGGCUGUCUGAAAUCAUUUAUAAUUACAGAUACAAUGUUCAAACCUGCUAUUAAUUGGCACUUAAAAUAAACUUUUCCAUAGGAUGGUCGGUUUUCGUGUUUUCUGUACGGAAAAUCCUGUAAGAUAUUUUGUUACUUUGUUUAAUAUUAAACAAGUGAAUUAAAUGUUCCUUAUUGAUAUACGAAUAAUUAAAUACAAUAACACUUCAAUAUUCACAUCCACGAAAUAAUUCAACCAACCACAGCAACGCAUAAAUUUUGUGUUAUUCAAUUUCAAUUUUUAAAUGCAUUCAUUAUCCUGUUCUACGACAUAAUAAAUUGGCUAAUUUAUUAACCGAAACACAACCGGUCAAUAAUUAAAAUCACCCACUUCAAAUAAACUUCAUCUUAAAGUUCUUGA